UAGUUACAGCUGAUUGAGCGUAGCUGUAGAGCUUGGUGAAGUUCUGCAGGUUUUGUGAAAGAGGGAUUUGAUUUGAUUUGAUUUGAUUUGAUUUGAUUUGAUUUGGUUUGGUUUGUAGUCUUGGAUGAUCGCCCUCAUGGCUUUGAAGGAAUUUUGUGUUUUGAACGGGUUUAUUUUAGCCCUUUUUCUCUUUGCUGUUGAUGGACAGGCAUCAGGACCAUCCUUCUUGGUGACGUUUUCUGCAGUGAUUGAGUCUUGCUCUAAUGCUGAAUUGUGUGCAAGUCUUUUAAAACCCAAUGAGAGUCUUACAAUGACCAUCUUUCUGGUUGAUGACAAAAAUCAGACAACACUGCUUGCACAGCAGAGAUCUUCAACAGAGUUUCACCGCUGUUUUUGUUUCCAGGCCCCUCGAGUAGAUGUUGAAGAAUUGGUGCAGAAAGUGAGGGUGGUACUUCAAGGGAGGUUCUUUAAAAUGACAGAAGAGAGGAAAGUCAUGUUCAGACGUUACCUGCCUUUAACCUUCAUCCAAACAGACAAACCCAUCUACAAUCCAGGACAAACAGUGAACUUCAGGGUUUUGACCAUGGAUGCUAAACUUGUUCCUUUUGAUCAAAUGUACAGUCUAGUGAUGGUAGAGGACAAUCAAAAUAACCGGAUUAAUCAGUGGACCGACAUUUCCUCAACGGGGUGGAUAUUGGAGCUUUCUCACGCGUUAAAUCCUGAGGCUCAGGUUGGGAUGUACACCCUGAGGGCUUUUAUUGGUGAUCGAAUGAUCUCACAGGUUUUUGAGGUGAAAAAGUAUGUUUUACCCAAAUUUGAUGUCAUCUUGACUACACCACAGAUGUAUAGUGUGGGAGAUGCGGGACUGAAAGUUGAGGCUUGUGCCAAAUACACAUAUGGUCAACCUGUACCUGGUCAAGCAUUGGUGGAAGUGUGUCGUAAGCCAUACCGUUUGGUAUCUGGCACAUCUCGUGUGUGUCUUAACACAACUGCUAUGUUGAACAACAGUGGUUGUGCUUCCCUUACCAUCCGCACAUCAGCAUUUUUCACCACCAGUUUUGAAAACUACCUGCAAGAUGUAUUUCUUGUUAAUGGGAACGUCACUGAGGAGGGAACAGAUGUUGUGACCUCAAAAUCCAGAACUGUGUCCAUUACGUUUGAAGUUGGCAAGGUCAUGUUUUUGAACCUCCCAGGUUUCUUCAACUAUGGAUCAACGAUUAACGGAGAGAUCUUGGCAUCUUCUUUCAAUGGGACUCCAAUUGCAAACAAGAUGGUCUAUCUCUUGGAUGGUAGCCAGUGGCCCAACAAACUGCUGAUGAAUCUGACUACGGACAUGCAUGGACUGGCCUCUUUUUUCCUCAACACUGCAGAUCUCCCUAAAGCUGAUCUGAAUCUUGUGGCAAGUGCAACUUCACCGGUUUUUUAUGGUUAUAAGUCGCCCUUCUUCAGGAUAGAUGUGAAGACCGUGCCGCUUUACCAAACUGCUACUCCCAACAACCCAACGUUUAGUUCAAUGGAUAUAGUAAAGCUUGAGCAGCCACUGAAAUGUGGUGCCAAAUAUCCAGUGACAAUCGCCUAUUAUUUUGUUGGAGAAACUGGUGACUACAGUGCUGACAUAAUCUAUAUGGUCUUGUCCAAAGGGGUGGUUGUUCUGCAUGGAUUUCAGAAGGUCCAAGUGAGUGCUUUAAAUGCACCCAGUGGCACACUGUCAUUUGAUCUUCAUGUCAGUCCAGAUAUGGCUCCAGAAGUGCAGAUUCUGGCCUUCUGUGUUCUGCCCAGUGAUAAUGUAGUUGCUGCUAGUGCAGUUUUUGACACUGAAAAGUGUUUUCAAAACCAGGUGUCUCUGCAGUUUUCUCCCCCUACAGCUGUUCCUAGUGAGGGAACAGUUUUGAACAUCUCUGCUCAAGCAGGAUCCCUGUGUGGCCUCAGCGCUGUCGAUCAGAGCGUCCGAAUCAUGGAGCCAGAAAGACGUUUAAGUGCUGAAGCGGUCUUCAGAGAGCUUCCGGUACGAUCACCAUCAUAUUAUCCAUAUCUGGUUGAGGAUGAACAGGAGUGCCUGAAUGUUAGACCCCGUCGAGCUGUUCUUGCAAACGAAGCUUAUGAUGUUUUCAAGAGUGUGGGGGUAAAGGUCGCAACAAAUCUGCCAGUUCAAGAACCUAACUGCCUGACGUACCGAGGACUGUAUUACUAUCGCAACUCCCGUAUCGCUUUUGGCUUAGUGGGAAGGGCUCAGGGAAGGGCUCAGGGAAGUGGCCAGGGAAGUGGCUUGGGAAGCGGGACUGAAGGAGGGGGUGCUGGAGGUGAUGGCAGCUCCUCUUUUGAUGUGACAAUCAGGACUUACUUUCCAGAAACCUGGAUCUGGCAGCUUGCUCAAGUGGGAAACUCUGGUUCCACACAAGUUGCUCUGAAGGUUCCUGAUACUAUCACCACCUGGGAGACGGAGGUGUUCUGCCUGUCUUCCAGAGGUUUUGGUUUGGCUCCUCCUGUUCAGCUAACUGCCUUCCAGCCCUUCUUCCUGGAGCUCUCCCUGCCUUACUCCAUCAUCCGUGGAGAGUCUUUUGAGCUGAAGGCUACGGUGUUCAACUAUCUGUCCAAAUGCAUCAUGGUGAAAGUGACACCAGCUUCUUCCUUGGACUUCAGUCUUCGACCUCUUAAUGAGCCGUACUCCUCCUGUCUCUGUGCCAAUGGGAGAAAGACCUUUAAAUGGAUUCUCUCAGCUUCUGUUCUCGGAUCUGUAAAUGUGACCAUCAGUGCUCAAGCUGAACAAUCCCAGGUUCAGUGUGGCACUGAAGUUGUGACUGUGCCAGAAAGAGGACGCAUUGACGUAGUUACUCGAAGUCUUUUUGUUCUGCCUGAGGGAGUUGAAAGGGUCUUCACCCAGAGUUGGUUAUUGUGUCCAAAGGGAAGUGCCCUUUCAGAAGAUUCAUCUCUGAUGUUUCCAACAAAUGUGAUACAAGGAUCAUCCAAAUGCUCAGUUUCAGUCCUUGGGGAUAUUAUGGGUCGUGCACUAAAGAAUCUUAAUGGCUUGCUACAGAUGCCAUCUGGCUGUGGAGAACAGAAUAUGAUUGUUCUUGCUCCCAAUAUUUACAUCCUACAAUACCUUGAAGCCACUGCACAGCUCACACCAACCAUCCGACAGACUGCCAUUGGUUACCUUCAGAGCGGAUACCAGGGACAACUGAAUUACAGGCACGGUGAUGGUUCAUACAGCACUUUUGGUUACGAUGCAUCCAAUACAUGGUUGACUGCAUUCGUCAUGAGGUCUUUUGGCCUAGCAAGGCAUUUCAUCUUCAUUGAUCCCAAUGUCCUCCAGAGCGCACAGGAUUGGUUGAUUAGCAAGCAGGGUUCAGAUGGCUGUUUCAUGCAAGAGGGAACUCUGUACCACAAUGACAUGAAGGGUGGCGUUGGUGAUAAUGUGACCAUGACAGGCUACAUUGUUGCAUCACUGAUUGAAAUAGGUGUUCUUGUCACGGAUCCCAUCAUUACCAAUGCUCUAUCUUGCUUGAGGCCUGUCGUUGGGAACCUGGGAAACAUUUAUGCCACCGCUCUGCUUGCCUACACCUUCAGUCUGGCUGGAGAGACCAACACUCGAACACAGCUUUUAAAUUCCUUGGACAAUGUUGCCAUUUCUGACGGCAAUAAGCUUCACUGGUCUCAGACUUCAUCUGGAGAUACUCUGGCAGUGGAGAUCAGCUCCUAUGUGCUGCUGGCCAUUCUCUCUGUACAGCCCCUCACAACCGCUGAUUUGAGCUAUUCUAACCGCAUUGUCAACUGGCUUGUGACCCAGCAGAAUCCUUAUGGAGGCUUUUCAUCCACCCAGGACACCGUGGUGGCUCUUCAUGCUUUGUCUCUGCUUGCCAAACAAGUGUUCAGCUUGGAUGGCUCCAGCACUGUUACCGUACAGUCAUUGUCUGUAGCAGGAGAGGUUCAUAACUUCAACGUGAAUGGGGACAACCGGCUGCUAUAUCAGGAGAAGCCACUGAAGAACGUUCCUGGCAGAUAUAGUGUUGGAGCACAAGGGUCCACCUGUGUGUCUGUGCAGGUUGCAUGUUUCUACAACAUCCCGACACCAAUUAAAGUUUCUGCAACACUUAGUGUUGAAGUGAAGGUGGCAAGAGACUGCAAAGUGCGUGGAGCUGAUCUCCUGUUGAACAUCACUGUGACGUACAAUGGUGCAAAGCCAACUACUAACAUGGUUAUUGUGGACAUUAAACUCCUGUCGGGUUUCACAGCAGAUACGUCACUGCUUGGAUCUCCACCAAAUUCAUUUGCUCCACUAGUGCAGCGUGUUGAUGCUGGAGAUGACCAUGUGCUUGUGUAUCUGAAAGAGGUUCCCAAGGGUGUCCCCAUGACCUACAGGCUACAGCUGAAGCAGGUUCUUGAAGUUCAGAAUCUCAAGCCAGCAGUUGUUGAGGUUUAUGACUACUAUCAGCCAAGUGAUGCGUUUGAGACCACAUAUAUGCCUCCCUGUUAAUGACUGUGCUCUUCUAGCUAUUGGAUGCAUGAAUUAAACUCUUAAAUCAGUAA